UUUCCAUCUCCGGUGGCUGCUGUGGAACGGCACCGUUCGGGUCCUCAGUAGUAACUCGCCGGUUCGGGUGAAAUGUGUUCAACUGUUGUUGGUCGGCUCCACGAAACUGCUGCUGGAUAACGUGAUACAUAGACGUACAACACGUGAGCAGGCGUAAAUACGAUAUAUAAGUAAUUCAAUAUAUAACGACUUUGGCAGCCCACCAAUACGUCAUCCAAGAUGAGCAGCGGUUGCAACUGUCCGGUGACCCAACCGGGACCGACGUUGGCCAGCACGUGCGGCGGGUCGGCGUUCAUGUUGUUCAUGGGCCUAUUGGAGGUGUUCAUCAGAUCGCAGUGCGACAUCGAAGACCCGUGCGGCCGACCGGUGAACAGGGCGUUGCCGGACAAUGAGUACGACUUCAUUGUCGUGGGCGGCGGAUCGGCUGGCAGCGUGAUGGCCAGCAGACUCAGCGAGGUACCACAGUGGAAAGUUCUGUUAAUUGAAGCGGGUGGUGAUGAACCAACCGGCACACAAGUUCCGUCUAUGUUUCUUAAUUUUUUGGGUUCGUCAAUCGAUUGGAGUUAUAAUACAGAACCUGAAGAAAUGGCAUGUUUAAGUAGUCCGGAGAGAAGAUGCAACUGGCCUAGAGGAAAGGUGUUGGGCGGUACGAGCGUGAUGAACGGCAUGAUGUACAUGCGGGGCAGCCGACACGACUUCGACGGCUGGGCCAAGAUGGGCAACCCGGGUUGGAGCUACCAGGAAGUGUUACCGUACUUCCUCAAGUCCGAGGACAACCACCAGGCGACCAUUAUGGACGCCGGUUUCCACGGAGUCGGUGGUCCACUGCCGGUCGGACAGUUCCCAUACCAUCCUCCGUUGUCGCACGCCAUCUUGCAGGCCGGUCUGGAGCUCGGCUACCAGGUGCGCGAUUUGAACGGGGCUCUGCACACAGGUUUUGCGAUCGCGCAGACCAUGUCCAAGAACGGUUCUCGGUACAGCUCUGCUCGUGCGUUCCUGCGACCAGCUAAGGAUCGAUCCAACUUGCACGUGAUGCUCAACGCCACGGUGACUCGGGUGCUCAUCGACCCCAAGAAGAAGGCCGCAUACGGUGUGGAGGUGUACAGCGGGGCGGACGGACGGAAAAUCUCGAUCAAUGCACGACAAGAGGUGAUCGUGUCCGGCGGUGCGGUCGCAUCACCACAGAUACUGCUGUUGUCGGGCGUCGGGCCAAAGGAUGACCUGCGAGCCGUCGGCGUGCCAGUCGUGCACGACCUACCGGGCGUCGGCCGAAACCUUCACAACCACGUGGCUUUCUUCGUCAAUUUCCGCAUCAACGACACGUCGACGACGCCAUUGAAUUGGGCUACCGCCAUGGAGUACCUAUUGUUCCGGGACGGACUCAUGUCCGGUACCGGAAUAUCCGAGGUGACCGCCGUGUUGCCGUCCAAGUAUGUAAACCCCGCCGACGACAAUCCCGACCUGCAGUUCUUCUUCGGCGGUUACUUAGCCGACUGUGCCAAGACCGGUCAGGUAGGCGAGAAAUCGGGCAGCGGUGAGGGCGACAGCCGCCGCGUCAUCAAUAUGAUACCGGCUGUGUUGCAUCCCAAGAGCCGUGGCCAGCUCAAGCUCAAGUCAUCCGACCCACUCGCGCACCCUGCAAUCCACGCUCGGUACCUGAGUCAUCCCGACGACGUGGCUGUGCUGGUGGACGGCAUCAAGUUAGCGAUCCGGAUGUCCGAAACUCCCGCCCUCCGCAAGUACGGCAUGGAACUGGACCGGACGCCGGCGAAGGGCUGCGAGGACUUAGAGUUCGGUUGUGACGCGUACUGGGAGUGCGCGGUGCGCCGGAACACCGGACCGGAAAACCACCAGGCCGGAAGCUGUCGUAUGGGUCCACCCAGCGACCCGGGCGCAGUUGUCGACGCAGAGCUCCGCGUGCACGGCAUCGAUGGCCUGCGAGUGGUCGAUGCUUCUGUGAUGCCGGCCGUCACGUCCGGAAACACCAAUGCUCCGGUGGUGAUGAUCGCCGAAAAGGCGUCGGAUAUGAUCAAGGCCCGGUGGGUGGGCCGAAAGCCGUGGAGCAAGUGGUAAGGCGACCGAAUGGCGGCCGAGCGGCGACGUCCUAUUUUAAUAAAUUUGUAACACUAUUGGUGCUAGAAUUGUUAGGAAAUCACAAAAUAAUAUUAAAUAUUAGUUAGUAUAUAUAUAGCUUAUACACGGACGCUAAAAACAAAUACAUUGGAAACUAUUUUCAUUUCUGUUUUAUAGAUUAAGAAAUAUUUAUUGUAAAACACCACAAAAAUAAGCAAAACACAAUAUCACCAAUAUUAGUAUAAUAUAAUUUAAUUGACAACUGAUAUCUAAGCGAUUGAGAAAUCGAUAACAAAUGAUCGUAACUGACCAUAAACUCUGAAUAUCAACAAUUAUGGCGUUGGUUCUAAAUUCUUCGUGAUGACAAUAAAUCGAAAUAUUAUUUAUGAAUCUUUACUGAUCAUAGUUUUAUUCGAAUUAAGUUAUAAAAUUGUAUUUUAUUCUAUUUUGAAUUUACAUGUACAGGCAUAUAAUAUAUAAUAUAUAUAUAUA